AUCUGUUUCUGCCAUGAUUCCUGACAGCAUGCCCGAUGCAAGACGAGAGGAUCGGAGAUGGGGAUGAAGUUCAGGUCACCAGCUUCAUAGCAAAGAUCCAGACCCUGGCGGCCCUGAAUGGAGGGGAUCAUGACUGCUACCGCUAUGACUUACAAGGUGAUGGAGCUGGAGUUAACUAUAAACUAAAAAGACUAAAUGGAGAGGAAAAGAACAUCAUCGAGAUUCAAGUGCGAAGAAGAACAAUAUACGGACAGGAGAAUUAAUCCAAGGGGUGGAAAGAGAGUCAGAUAUACUGAAGAUUACAGUGAUUAUGAUGAUGAGGUGGAGCUGGACGAUGAGUAUGAGGAUGAGGACGAGGACGAGUACGAGGAAGACAAUGAGCAACCAGGUACUUCCACCCAGAACACCCACAACCAGAGAAGACAAGAAACUAGACUCUUGACUGUAACCUGUGGAAACAAAAAGGGCAUCCUGGAUAUAGAGAAGCUGGGCAGGGGAGAGGAGUGUAUCCAAUGUCAGGACUGCUGGUUUUCUCCCCCUGCCUUCGAGGAAUUUGGAGGGAAAGGCUCUUCUAAAAAAUGGAAAACCAGCAUUUUCUAUGACAAUAAGCCUCUGCAGUUUUUGUUUGAGCAAGGUUCUUUAACCACCAAGGGAUUUAAAAGGAGGAGCACUACAAAGAAAACCACGUCAUCACGCGGCACAUCAGAGAGCUCCUCUGAAGUGUCAGAAAUACAGUCUGCAGAGGAAAAUGAGGACGAUGAUGUUAAAGAUGAAGACUGGCUUCCAGGCAGUGAAGAAUUGGUACUGGAGACAGAGGAAGAAGGGGUAGGGACUGCACAUGGAGGAGAGGUUGUAGACUCAGGAGUUGACACGAGUAAAGAAGAGGAAGAUCAAAUGGAGGAGGGAGAAAUGGAAGAUGAGGAUAACGGCAGCAAUGUUUUUGAAGAAAGGGAGACCAAACUGAUCAUUUCAACACCUGAGAAAAGUGCUUUGCAGAAGCAAGUAAAAAUCGUCAUCAAAAGGCUUCCAGAGGAAAAGACUGAUUUUUGGUCCAACUGCAGCAAACAUAAUACACAAGACAGCUGGUGUAAACCAUUGGAUGCGGAUGCACUAAAUGAAGAGAAAAGCCAACACAGUGUCUGUGCAACAGAUGACUCCUCCAUCACAGCGUCCACAAACACUGAUCCUUCAUGGGUGUCAGAACAGCCUACUGUUGGAGGUGCUGAGGAAGAAAAUAGAGAGGAGUUCACACAAAGUGAUGACAGAAAAGAAGAUAGACAGAAAGAAAUUAAAACUAAAACAGAGAAGUCUCUAACACUUCCAUUUGCACCAGAAAUAACCUCAUCCCCUGAAAUCAAACCUGAAACUAAGGAUAUUGGACCAACCAGCAAGCACACCGCCUGCCUCACUUCCUCCUCUGCUCUACAGAAAACACAGAGUCAGCAGAUUAUAGAUUCCAAAGACUAUGAAAAUGCGAAUGAUGAGCAUGCUGACAUGUCAAUAUCUGAAGCCAGUGGACCAGUUUCAGAAAAUGGAAAUAUCAGCGCUGCCACAUCACCCAUACAGAGAAGUAUUAAGGAGGAAAGCAUAGAGGCAAUGUAUGGUGGUGCUGCCAAGAAAUCCCUGAGUGGGCUGGUUGACUGUGAGAACACAGAUGCCUCCAACUUUGGCCAUGAUGUAGCAGGAUUAAAAGCAGUGAAGCUAGUGGUGAGGGUUCUCGAAGCAAGCCAAGCCUCUGACGCGGUGGAGGCUCCAUCCUUUGGGCCCUCCACUAGCUGUGAUCUGGACACAAUGGACCUUGAUCAGCUGAGGAGAGAGAAACUAAAGAUGCAGAUAAAAGUCUUGAAGUUACAAGAGGAAUACUACACUCAGAAAAUAAAGGAUAAUAAAAAAUGAAACUUCUUUGGAGUCUGAUUGUAAAGCUGAUGAUUGCAGCAGGACAAUACAGUCAGUCGGGGAUCACUGAGGGUGUCAACUGGUGUACCAGAAUACUCCAGUCAGAGCACUUCCAGCUGCCGGCUUCAUCAUCAUCAUCAUCAUCAUCAUUGCUUCAACCUACAUCAGACUCUUCCUCAGUGGAAAGCAGAGGGAUUUCACUUCCUAAAAACUUGAAAGAAGAAAAACAGGGCACAGGUAAUGCAGAAAUAAUAUCAUACAGUAUCUAUGAAAUGCCUUGCCUCAAACUGAGUGUAGUAGUGAUGAAUUCAGGAGGACAGGAAAGCUCAGAGCAGAACAGAAGCUGAAUCAUAGGCACAAUAUCAAUGGGUACGUUCCUCAAUACUUUCUGAGAUGACAAUGGCAUAUACAGUGUGCAUUCAGAAGCUGCUUUAAUUACACUGGUGACAUGUUAUGAACAGCCUUCAGCCUGUUUUCAAACAUGACUCGGCCUUCUAGAAGUCAGAUUAGGACUGGCACAGAUUUAUAAUGAAAUAUGCAAUGACAUUACUAGUUGUCCAUGUUUAUUUUAAAUGUGAGAGUUAAUUUGAAAUUGUGGUGCUGAGUUUUUGCAUUGUGUUGUUUUUGUUUUCAUGUUGAAUGUAUUCUCUUUUGUUCUCUUCUCACAUCUUGGAACAUUGUUUGAAAUAACAUGUUUUCUUGUGGAUGUCGCUUUCUACCAUGUUCCCAAACAAAACUGAUCAAUCAAAACUUGAAUCUAAUUUUCCUGCAAAAUUUAAAAUAACUUUGAUAGUGGCAUCAUUUUCAACCUCCUGUUUUUCCUUUUGUUGUUGUCAGCAGUCCCAGUACACUGAAAUGUGGUCAUUGCAUGUCUUUGUGCAUUAGCCACAGACUCCAUAUAAAGAUGAUCAAAGAUGUUCAGUAGUUUGCCUAAUGGCACAUUCUUUUCUGUUGCCAAGUGUGGGCAUGGAUAUUAGUGCUUUAGGGUGCAACCGCCAUGAAACAGUGAGAAAAAAAAUGUCUUUGUUUUCGCUUGAGACACUCAAUCUCUGCUCCUCUCCGUUGAGCUGGGCAGGAGGGGCCAAAUUUGAAUGUUACCAACAAGAUUCAACAAAUCCUGCACUACUGCUCAUACUUGGAUGUCUGCAAGCUUGUAGUAAUUGAUAAUUCUAACACUGUAAUAUUAUUAAUGGACUGGGCUUUAAUUUGUAUUAUAAGACUCAGCCCUAAUAGUAAUAGUGUUGGUAAAAAAUUUUAAGUAAUGGUCUAUACUACAUCUUUGGAAUUUGAACAGACAGUCAGAUGUGAUUCUUUUGAUUUGGCACAACACAUAAAGAAUUAGAUGAAAGCAAAACACACAAUCAAAGGUCUCACACCCGAUGAUUCGUGAGGUGAUUUAUCUGAUACAUUUCCAUGUCCACACUCCACUGCAUGCAUUCACAUGAUAAAAAAUACCAAUGCUGAAAAUGCUGAAAUUUUUUUUUUGUUUGUUUGUUUGUUUUUUUGGAUGUUUUGCAAUUUAGUUUCUCUUCUAAUUCAUUGAUUUUACAUGUAUUUCAAGUAAAAAGUGUUUUCAGCUUUUGGGGAGGAAAUUAACAAAGAAGGUCUCAUGAGCAGUAAUAUACCAACAAUA